CAGCGUCAUGCACAGAGGAAGUAACACUCCCAGAGGCGGUGACACAGAAUUUUAAGAUCAACAAAGUUAAAAAGGUUAAUAAGUCCAACUGUCUUAAUUUAGGAUAAUUCUUCAUUGGAGGACCUUUACAUAGUUAAUUUAUUGAUAAGAACUGAGCGACACUGUGGAAGAUGUCCUGCCUCAAGGGCCUAAAGUACACCAUGUGUGUGGUGAACUUCAUCUUUUUUAUCUGUGGUGUUGCUGUCUUUGCACUGGGAAUCUAUCUGAUGACAUCCUACAAUUUAUCUUCCCUGCUAGCCAGCAUUCAUGCUGUAAACAUAGCCAGCACUCUCUUCGUCACAGGGAUCAUCAUCACUUGUGUGUCCUUCUUGGGCUUCCUUGGAGCUCUGAAGGAAAAGCGUUGCCUGCUAAUAUCUUUCUUCAUUCUGAUGUUCAUCCUAAUGCUGGUUGAGUUGGGCACUGCCUGCAUUCUGCUCCUGUAUGAGACAGAUAUUGACCAGUUCAUUGAGAAAGAUCUCAUAAAAGGUUUAGAGAAAUACAAAGACCGGGGACAAAAUGCCACAACCGAGAAUGACUGGGACACUUUGCAAACGACAUUUAAAUGCUGUGGUGUCAAAAACGUUACGGACUGGAAGGAUUCUGUACCACCGUCAUGCUGCACUGAAGACCCCUGUCCAGAAAAUAAAAUAAAAUACUGGAAUCAGGGUUGUUAUGACAAGCUGAAGAAGGUAUUUGACAGCAACCUGUUGAACGUAGGGAUUGGCGUCAUUGUUAUCUGCAUUAUUGAGGUCUUGGGUAUGUGUUUCUCAAUGACCCUGUUCUGCCACAUAAAUCGAUCUGGAUUAAAAUACAAGUGAUAUAUUUCCAAAUUUGGGGGACUACAAGGACAUCUGCAAAGUUUAUGUUUUUAAUAAACAUUGUCUCCCACUAUCAACUUAUCCAGUUAGAGAGCCAGAAAAACAAAACUCACAAUUCGAUAUAAUUGACAACAGCAUUACGAUCAUUUCCAAAAUUAGCCAAAAGAUCACUUUGUGCCCAUUUUUGAUGAUGUUGCAAUUGUCAUAACAUAACAUAACAUGUAUGCCAUGAUCAAUUCUUCUUUUUACUUCUUUUUUAAAAACAUCAUUACAGCAUUUAAACCAUUACCACGGAACUGGUUCUAAAAGCUCCUUUCGUUCAGCAGUAUUAUUUUUACAGUGACCAUCAGAGCUUAAAAGGAAACUUCAUAGGGGGUUUUAUGGGCUGAAUUCACCACAUGCACAUGUCAACCCUCAAGCCUGAAAGAGAGCAUAAGAGAAUGUUUCCAUCAUGAAUCAUAUUUACACACUUAGAUCUAACUGCCUAUUUCACUGUAUAAAUUAUAUAUGAUCAUUAAAACCACCUGCCUAAUAUUGUGUAGAUCCCCCUCGUUCCGUCAAAACAGUACCAACACGCAUCUCAGAAUAGCAUUCUCUCGUAAUUGUACAGAGAGGUUAUAUGAGUUACCGUAGACUUUGUCAUUCCGAACCAGUCUGGCCAUUCUGUUGACCUCUCUCAUUAACAAGGAGUUUCCAUUCGCAGAACUGCCGCUCUGGAUGUUUUUUUUGUGACUGUUGUUUGUGAAAAUCCCAGGAGAUCAGCAGUUACAGAAAUACUCAAUGCUAUUCUGAGAUGUGAGUUGGAGCUGUUUUGGUGGCAUGAGGGGGAUCUACACAAUAUUAGGCAGGUGGUUUUAAUGUUGUGGCUGAUCGGUGGAUAGGCCUAUAUAUAAAACUUAAAUAUAAUAUAUUUUCCCUCUGUCACUUAAUAAUGUAAAGCAAUGUUGAGUUUGACCUAUAUGUUCUUGUAAUCGACCUGUCCCUCAGACUACACUUGGUCAUUUUUGUAUGCUGAACAAUGUAAUCAUUUAUUUCUGAUCACCUCUUUUUCCUAUUGAGCUUGACUUAAUGAACUGUAGAAAGCAUAAGAAUAUGCACAAGGUGCAUACAACAUAUUCUAUCUCUUCCUUAUUUAAAAAUUACACCAGUUUAAGGUGACUUAUAGUUUUUUAUUUAUAGUACACCACAAUUCUGCAUUCCAUUUAAGACUAAUGAUGUAAACUUGAAAUAAAACAAAGUGAAAACAAGGUCUCUCCUUUUCAAAACAACAGUGCAAAUCCUACCACUGUGUUUAUGGUUUAUGCAGGAAGUACCACCAAGAGCAUGUCAUCACUUCUUUUUGCAGAUCAUUCUGCAGACUUAAAACAAUGUCAUGACAGGAAGCAUGAAAAUAUUACGCUUUCAGUUAUGAAGGUGAAUGUGUGCAUAACAACAUUGAAAGAUAACAUCAGUAUUCAACUGCUUUAUUUUUAGAACAAAAGUCUGUCUCCAAAAUAUUUAGGACCCCUCAAAAGAUUUCCGUUAAAUGUUUUAAAAUAAUUUUGCUCUUUAAACAACACACACACACACAUCAAACUAAUAUAUAUAUAUAAACAAUUACAAUUUAAAGUAAUCUUAAAAAAAGAAAAUAACUGUACAUGGCAGAAUAUACCAUUUUCCACAAACACCCCAUAGACCUCUUAACUAUAUACACAUUAUUGCAAUUCACCAAAAGUAUGCAAAACUAUUUCUUUAAAACAAAAUUGAUCAUUCAUUCGAUUUUAUGCUCUUAAAAAUGGUGGCUUUUACACUGAUCUAAUGUUUCACGCUUUUGCAUUUAUACCCUCAUGCAUAAGCAGAAAAAUGGAUGUAUACUGAUUAUCUUAUAUUGUGCUUUAUGGAAACUAUAAAAGUGGUACUUUGGUCAUCUGCAGAGCAGCUGGACAACAAGACCAAUAUAAUGUGUGCUUUGAGCAAAACAGCUGCAUAAAAUAUAUAGGGUAAAAUAAAGAAAAUUCUUCAUUUGCCUGAUCCAGGGUACAGAAAUAUAGAAGCCUAUUAACGUUUUUCAUUAUACCAAAUUAAACAAUGCACCACAUAAAUUGAGCCAAAUGAACUUAAAAAGGGAGACAUUGUAAUAAUACAAAUUUAAAAAGUUGCUUAGAAAGUUAUAAAUCCUCUUUUCAUUAAAUGUUUUCUCUAUUAAAAACACUGAUCAGCCACAACAAUUAAACAACCUGCCUAAUAUGGUGCAAAAACAGCAUCAACCUGUACUAUACUUCUCUCCACAGUUUUACAGAGCAGUUAUCAGAGUUACCAUAGACUCUGUCAGUUCGAACUAGUCUGGCCAUUCUCUGUUGACCGCUCUCAUUUCUGUCUGUAGAACUGCUGAUCACUGGACAUUUUUGGCACCAUUCGGAACAAAUUCUAGAGACUGUUGUGCAUGAAAAUCCCAGGAGAUCAGCAGUGAUAGAAAUACUCAAACCAGCCCAUCUGGCACAAACAGUCAUGCCACGGUACAAAUAUUUAUGUAACUGCUGAGCUGCUGGGAUUUUCACACACAACAGCCUUUAGUCUACUCAGAAUGGUGUAAAAACAAAAAAAACAUACAGUGAGCGGCAGUUCUGCGGAUGGAAAGGUUUUGUUGAUGAGAGGACAAAAGAGAAUGGCCAGACUAGUUCGAACUGACAAAGUCUACAGUAACUCAGAUAACCACUGUGUACAAAUAUGGUAAGAAGAAUAGAAUCUAAGAAUGCUAUCCUGAGAUGUGGGUUGGUGCUGUUUUGUUGGCAUGAGGGGGACCUACACAAUAUUAGGCAGGUGGUUUUAAUGUUGUGGCUGAUCGGUGUAAAUCCUCUAAUCGUGAAAUGUUUUCUCCAUUACAUGUGCAAGUGAUUGUUCAGUUUUUCCUUUUCUGCUUGCACUAACAGUCAUAUUUCUUAAUUUUCUUUCUUUCUCCAAGUACCACAUUUAUCUAGAAAUACAUUAAAGCCAUUCAAGCUUUGCUACAGAUCAACAAUGAUCUAGGACCAGUUUUGUUAAACGGUUUGUCAUACAAUUAGUAAGGUCAGCAUUCGGUGGAUGAAACCAUUCCUUGAUCAGUGCUGAUGUUUUGAAGCAACUUUUACAAAGUCUUAUUUGUAGUAAUAUUUAUAGAGGUUUUGAGACACACAAAGAUAACAAGGCUGUUGGUUUGAAACCAUGAUUCAUUAUUAGCUUUUAAACUAUUGUAUCAUACAUUUCGACAGAACUAGCUGUGCAUCCAAACCCUUGCAAAAAUAAACCGUUAGUCUUGCUUUCUCAACCGUUAUGAAUAACGAGUAUAUAGUGUCGCUCACAAAAUGCAUAAUAACCAUGUAAAUUAUCGACUUUUGUACUGAAUAAUAUUAUUACAAUUGGAUUCUUAAGAAAACAAAAACAAUAUUUGGAGAACCACAUCAUCAUUCAUCUAGGAGCGCCCAAAAAACUUCUACAUACUCACCCUGUUUUAAUGUAUUAACAGAGGAAUUGUAUAAGAAAAGAGAAAUAUAUUUUAGACAGACAGAUGUGUCCAAAACAACAGUUAGUCAGGGGACAUAACACCAGCUUUCAAAUCCCAUCAUCACAACAGACACUGUAUCCCCCAGAGAAUCAUUCAUAAGAAUUGUAGGAGUACAGCUCAAUGGGGUAGCCAGCCCCCAUUCAAAUGUUGCUUAGUAAGAACCAAAGCUCUGCAUUUAGUACAACUAAAUCAAUAAGAAAAACACAUUAAGACUCCAUUAAAAUGUAAUGGUGAAGAAUGUAGAACACACAAGGCCCUAUCAUUGAAGGUUUCAGUCAGUCGUAAUGAAACCAGCUAAAAUGGGGGGGAAAAGGGAACUUUAAUAUUCCUAUUAAACAGAAUGAGUUUCGCAAAGAGAUGCUUUUGAGUUUACAGAACCAAGUAUUGAUGAUCUGGCCUUCUUUUUAAAAUUCACUCACUACAACUGAGCCCAUAGCACCAGAAACUUGCUAAACAUCUGUGAGUUUAGCAGCUGCUUUGUUCGGAGAACAUAAGAGGCCACCAACCCAAGAAUUUCUCAUCCUACAUGGUCACUUCUGAAGCAAUUAUAUCCAAACAAAGUGGUGUGAGACAUGGUAGCUGAUCCAAGCUGGUCAUUAGCUGGUCCAAGUUUGGAGACCAGCUACCAGCUGGUCAUACCAACUCAAGGGGGUUAAGCUGGUUUUUGGAACAUGGUUGCUGCUCAACCAGCUAAGGACCAGCUCAUGACCAGUUUGGACCAGCAUCCAUGUUCCAAAACACAGCUACCAGCAGGGAUGCUUCCUGCCGAUACACAAUUUGAAAAUAAAACAAGAGCAUCAUUAGCUUGAUCAAUCUCAAAACAACGCAACUGGUAGGAGGCAUGGCUAACUAGUGUUCAGUAGGGAUUCUAAAGUUAGCAGCCUAAUUAAAGAAGUGUUUUAGAUUCAAUUCCUCAAACAUUGCUUGAGAGCAUAACAUUGAGCAAAUCAACCAUAACUCCACCUUAAAGGUGCUGUUACUUCUGUGUAACUAGUGGCACCAAAAGGAAUUGCAAAAAUAAAUAACCUGUUUGACAGUCUUCCCAAACACUUAAAUUAUUUUAAAAACAGAUAGUUUCACCCAAAUCGAUUGAGCCAAUGUUGCUGUGGGGUCAAACAAACAAUGUUUUAAAAGCACCACAGAGCCAUGAGUUCUUAAGACUACUUCUACAGGAAGUCAACCAUUAACGGUUUGUCUCAAAUAGUUGUAUCUGCAUAUUAAGCAGGGAUAGGAGACAGUAUAUUCACAUUGGUGCAUUCUGCCUCUUAAAGGUGAAGUGUGUCAUUUUUUUUCUUCCAAACUAUUGCUCAUUACUACCUCCAUGCAGGUCCAUGGCCAAAAUCAGUUACAUUUCUCUGUGCCAGGUCUACUUUAGAAACCAGUAAAAGAAAAUUACAUGCUAAAUUUUUCUUCCCCUAUCACUUCAGGAAGUAUGCAUAAAUAUGCAUUAUGAGGAUACCAACAUUAUUCUGUUGUUUCAAUUGCAGGAUCAGUGCCAUUUUCUAAAAAUGUCUUUAACCUUUACAAUACAAAGCAUACCAAAUGGCAGCACAAGCCCAAAAGUAAAAGAUCGGCAAUUGAGAAGUGUUUGUGAAAACAUCACAUGCACAGCACUAUUUAUAAAGGGAUGGUUAAUACAAAAAUGAAAGUUUGGUCCUCCAUUACUCACACUCAUGUUGUUCCAAACCAUCUUUCUUCCAUGGAACACAAAAUGAGGGACUGACAGCCUCAUUCGCCUUCCACUUUUAUUGCAUUUUUUUCUGUACAAUAAAAGUGAAUGGUGACUGAGGCUGUCAUUCUGUCUAGUAUCCCAUUUUGUGCUCAGUGGAAGAAAAACAUUUAACUGGUUGUGGAAAACAUGAGGGUGAGUGACUGAUGACAGAAUUUAAAUUUUUAAAUGUGAAUUAUCACUUUAAGGGCAUUGGUUACAUGUAUAUCCAACAUUAUCUGUCACCCUCUAGUUGUUUUCCAUCUGGACAAGAAAUGAAAGAAAACAGAAUAAAAAUAAUAAUAAAGUUAAAAAAAUAAAAAUUAAAUUAAAAAUACAACAGGUGUAUGAUUUGGUUUGAACGUACAUGAUUAUAUAACCAUGAAUUGAGCAACUGCCUGCAUACCAAUCUGUUAUGUUGCUUUGAGCAAAGAGUGACUGAGACAUAGAUGAAGAGAGCCAUUACAGUGUUCUAAUGUUGAUCAAUUAAAAACAAAAUUGUUCAAGCAAAGGGAACAGGGAGAAAAAUAAAAUAUAUAUGUUCUCUUUGUUCUAUGAAACAAAUUAAAUGCUUCUGUCAUUUCCAUGUUUAAAAAAAGGUAACUUGCAAGCACAAUCAUAACAUUUUGAAAUACACCUCAAAAAAUGAGGUUAUUAAGAUUGUGCCGAUACAUUGCAGAUAUGAAUCUUGGAUUUCCAAAUCCAAUAAGUGUAGUAAGAGAGCACGGUUUAUUUCAGACAUCCAUGUUUGAAAGCAGCUGGUCAUAGAAUUCUGCAAUUCUAUACUAGAGUAGCCCGGAGAGAAUUCCAGAAAUAUAAAAGGGGAGAUGUAGGAGUACGCUAAAUGAGCCGAUAAAAGUGGAGUAUAUGUGUUCGAGUACAUGUGGGACCAAUGCAGUAGUUCAGGUGCUCUCAGGAAUAUGUGGAAGAAUCAGAGGAACUAGGGAUUCCAUGCUUCAAAUGAUGAUACACGGCAUUUGGAA